AUGUCUUCUGGGCAAUCUGAUGCUUCUGCUCACAUGGAUCCGGGUUCUCCUCCCGCUGCUGGUCGCGUUUCAAUGAGGGAUCUUUGUUGCUUAUUUUGUUGUCCUCCUUUCCCUUCCUCAAUCGUCUCAAAACUAGCUUUCAUGCCACCCGAAGCAAGUUAUUCAAUUAGUGAUACCAAUAAACUAAUUUUACAAAAUGGAAGAGCGGAAUGGCCACACGGAGAUACCAGUCUUACAGAAUGUGUUCAAACAUGUACUGUUAGAACUUCUCGUCGAAACAAAGUAGCCUGUGUAAUGGUUAGACCGAAUAUGGAUGCCAAUUACACUUUACUAUUUUCUCAUGGAAAUGCUGUUGACUUAGGACAAAUGAGUUCAUUCUACUAUGGCUUAGGCAUGAGGCUGGGUUGCAAUGUGUUCAGUUACGAUUAUUCCGGUUAUGGCUGCUCCACGGGUAAACCCUCUGAGAAAAACUUAUACGCUGAUAUUGCGGCGGCUUUCGAAACAUUAAAGACUAAAUUCGGCAUUCCUCCCGAGCGUAUAAUUCUUUAUGGUCAAUCGAUUGGCACAGUUCCAAGCGUAGACUUAGCUAGCAAAGAGAACGUAGCUGCUUUGGUUUUACAUUCGCCUCUAAUGAGCGGAAUGAGGGUAGCUUUUCCGGGUACAUCAAGAACAUGGUGUUGCGAUGCUUUUCCUUCAAUAGAGAAGGUCCCGAGAGUCAAAUGCCCUACUUUAGUAAUUCACGGAACGGAUGAUGAAGUAAUCGAUUUUUCACAUGGAGUUACAAUUUGUGAAAGAUGUCCUUCAUCUGUUGAGCCCCUCUGGGUACUAGGAGCUGGUCAUAACAACGUUGAGUUGCAUGCGGAAUAUUUAGUUAGGCUCAGGACAUUCAUAGAUACCGAAGUGACGCGAUCAAAAGAUGAAGGAGAUGUGUAA